GCUACGCGGGGAGGACGUGCGACCCCGUGCUCCGCGCGUUCACUGGCCGCCACCCGUGCGACGCCGCUCCAGUCUCGGUGUCGGCAGUGCCAGGACUCGGCAGUGUACUGGACGGCGGCCUGCGCCCGACCGACGACGGCAGCGUCGACGUCGACGACCCGGCCGUCGGAUCGACGAUCGACUCUAGGCGGCGGAAACGGUGCAAUCGAUCGCACGUGGGGCCGAAACACCUGCCCGGCGCCCUCCCCCGGCGGUCACAACUGCGCCACGUCGGCCGGUCGGCACGAACUGCUCUGGGACGCUGAAGUCGAGAGAGCCGACGAAAUCGAAGGGGAUUUGGCGCUGGCAUUCGGCACGUUGUCAUGGUAACGUGCUGAGUCCGACUGUCAACAAAGCGAUGCUACUUGCAAACAUGGACGUCCGGCGGGCGUUCCCGAUCCUCGCCGCGCUGCUCGUCUGCGCCUCGGGAUCACGGGUGGAGCUGGUCAACAACGGCUACAGCGGCCUCGUGAUCGGCAUCGACGACAAGGUGGACGUCCUGCAGUGCCACGACCUGCUGGGGAACCUGCAGACGCUGAUCAACAACGCGUCGUCCUACCUGUACACGGCGACCAAUCAGCGGGCGUUCUUCAGUGACGUGACGGUAGUGGUGCCCAGUUCGUGGCCCCGCAGCUGCACGGGCGCCGACCCGCCGGGUCAGGCCACCACCGAGAGCUACCUGACCUCUGACCUGCGGGUCAGCACCGCUCACCCCGUGUACGGCUCGGCCCCCUGGACCCACCAGUCUGGCCUGUGCGGUCAGCCCGGCGCCUUCGUCCAGUUCGCCGCCGGCUAUGUGGCCUCGGGCGAUAACCGCACCUUCGGGGACCAAGGGAAACGGUUCCACUGCAUGCUGCGCCCUGAGGACAUCCAGCCGCACUCGGUGGUGGUAUCGUGGCAGGCCGACCCCGAAGCCGGCAUUCUCGGCUUCCGCGCGGCGGCCGGACACCUCACCAUGACCGGCGUGGGGCGGCGGCUGGACAUCCGACCGUUACCGGUGCCAGGCGGCCAGCCGGACACCUCACCAUGA